AUGAUUUAUGCAGGAGCAGAGGCAGCACGCAAUCGAGCUGUCAAGAGAGCGUCAGCUUAUUAGGCAAAUGCUGCGUGGUUUCUGAAGAGGGUCGACGCUAUAAAAUCCCACUCCAGGCUCUGGUGUGGAGAAACUCAGAGCCCAAAUCGGUUGAGAGACUGGAGAGAAGGAGAAGAGAAGAAAAAGAGAGUGAAGACAGAAAGGAAAAAAGAAGAAACCCCUUGAAAAAGCCCCGGAGACUUUCCUCUGCAGAGAGGCGGCAGCGCCCCACUCACCUGCAGAAGCACCUCAGAAGCGAGCGCCCCUAACAUGCGGCUGCCGCUUCUCUUGUCCGCGGGCGUCCUGCUGGUGGCUUUCCUGCCCUGCCCGCCAUGCAGGGCCCUCCUCAGCCGGGGACCCAUCCCGCGCGCCCGGCAGGCCCCUCAGCAGCCCCAGCCCCUGGAUUUCUCCCAGCUGCCGCCGCAGCCCCAGCAGCCCCAACAGCCACAGGCUCGGCCCAUCCUGCUCCGCAUGGGAGAGGAAUAUUUCCUCCGCCUGGGUAACCUCAACAAGAGCCCCGCUGCUCCCCUCUUGCCCGCCUCUUCACCUGUCUCUGGCGGCAGCGGCAGCCACCUUUCACCGGACGAAGCGGCCGCCAACUUUUUCCGAGCGUUGCUGCAGCAGCUGCCGCUGCCCCGGCGCCCGCUGCCGCUCGACAGCCCCGCAGGUCCGGCUGAGCACGGAGCCGAGAACGCCCUCGGCAGCCGCCAGGAGACACUCGAGAGGCAGAGGCGAUCCGAGGAACCUCCCAUCUCGCUGGAUCUCACCUUCCACCUCCUCCGAGAAGUCUUGGAAAUGGCCAGGGCUGAGCAGUUAGCGCAGCAAGCUCACAGCAACAGGAAACUGAUGGAGAUUAUUGGGAAAUAAAACUGUGCGUUUGGCCGAAAGGAUGCAGUAUUUAGCACGCAAAAAAAUAAUAAAAAAAAAUCAAAUACAGUAUUCUGUACCAUAGCGUUGCUCUGAUACCAUUUGUUUAUUUAUUUUUUUUAUAGCUUGAAGCCUAGACGAUGUAUAGCAAGAGAGCCUAUACUCCUUAAUUAGCAUGCACAAAGUGUAUUCACACACAGUAACAGCAGCAAAACGUUAUUUGUAUUGUCUACUUUUAGUUUCCAUUUCCAGGUGUCUUUAAUGGUGUUUAGAAAGUAUGGACCCAGAAUGAAAUGUUUUGAAGCAGGCAGAAGUCACUCAAUUUAUUUUGUUGUGGUCUGAGCCAAAGAGAGUGUCAUUCUCUUGGAUAGGUGAAACAAAAUCUGUAAGCUCUUUGAAUCAACCUUUCCUUGUAAACGUUUCAGUAAUAAAAACAUCUUACCAAUCAUUGGUCAAUUUGGUUGUGUAAGAGAAUGUCGAACAUUUAUAUUUUUAAUAAAAGCUGCAAAGGUAA